AUGUUGACGAGGUACGGCAUGCAGGCUUCGGCUAGGCUGUUACAGGUGGCGCGGCAGAUUCCCAACCAGACAAGAACGAUUGCUGGAUAUACUAAGACGCAAUUCCCAUUGAAUACGGGCGCCGAGAUUCCAGCAAUUGGGUUCGGGACGUGGCAGGACAAAAACGCCCAAGAAGAUGCCGUUUGCGAGGCUCUGAAGGUGGGAUACCGACAUAUUGACACUGCGCGAAUAUACGGUACAGAGCCCAGUGUCGCCAAAGGAAUCAAGAGAAGCGGCGUGCCUCGAAGCGAUAUCUUCAUCACAACCAAGCUGUGGAACAACUCACACCACCCAGACGACGUCGAAAAGGCCUGCGAUGCAUCCCUGAAGGACCUGGAUACCGACUAUAUUGACUUAUACCUGAUGCACUGGCCUAGUCCUUUCGCCCGAGGCAACGAGCUUCGGCCCAAGAAAGACAACCAGAUCCUGACCGGAGACACGGACUACGUCGACACGUACCAGGCAAUGGAGAAACUCGUCGCCAACGGCAAAUGUAAAGCCAUUGGAGUCAGCAACUUCUCCCGAGCAGAGAUGGACCGUCUUCUCAGGGAAAGCUCCAUUAUCCCCGCCGCUCACCAGCUCGAAUGCCAUCCUUACCUACAACAGCCCGAAUUUGUAUCAUGGCACCACUCCCAAGGAAUCCACGUCACACAGUACUCGCCCUUUGGCAAUUCGAACGAAGUCUACGACCGGGGCAAGAACAUGGGCAAGCUGAUCGACGACCCGGUCCUCCAAGACAUCGGACGAACAUACGGCAAGAACGGUGCCCAGGUGGCUCUGGCGUGGGGUAUCGCAAGAGGGAACAGUGUGAUUCCCAAAUCGAAAACCCCAUCUCGCAUCAAAGCCAAUCUGGAAGGCGACUUUAAGCUGGGACCCGAAGAUGUCAAGAAGAUCGACGCGCUGGACAAGAAAUUGCGAUUCAAUGAUCCAUCGAAAUCAUUUGGAUGGGUGUUUUAUGCCGAUCUUGACGGGAAGAAAAUGUGA